CUUCCCGCCCCACUUCCCCCGCAGCCGGCUCCCAAGCGCCGCCGCCUCCGCUGCUGCUGCGCGCCCCGGGCAGGAGCCGCACGGGCGCCCGCUCGCUGCAGCCUGAGGGCGGAUCGGGGCCGCCGCAGAACCGCUCCCUCUGCCGCGCGACCAUGAACCCGGGCGAGAGGAGGCUGCAAGCGGCCGCUGCCGGGUUGCCUCCAGCCGGCGCCCGGUGCGCGGGGGGCGGCGGCUCCGCAGCCCUCUGCCUGCUGCUCUCGCUCACCUCGCUGGGCGCCUGCCUGCUGCUGAGCGCCAAGACCUGCGAGCUGCAGGGCAGGGUGGCGGCGCUGGAGGAGCGGGGCAGCCCCGGCUGGGCAGCGGGAGCCCCCCUGAGCCCCGGACCGCUGCUCGCCCUGCUGCAGCCCCACAUGGAGCAACUCUUCCAGGAGAAACUGGGCGAAGGAUUAGCCAAGCUGCGGACAGUGCGAGAGGCUCCAUCUGAAUGUGUCUGCCCACCAGGCCCUCCAGGAAGGCGGGGAAAGCCGGGUCGACGAGGAGAACCUGGACCUGCAGGGCAGUCAGGACGAGAUGGCUACCCGGGGCCCCUUGGUUUGGAUGGCAAGCCAGGACCUCCCGGACCAAAAGGGGAAAAGGGUGAACAAGGGGACGUCGGCCCAAGGGGUGAUCAAGGUCAAGAUGGAGCUGCUGGCCCACCGGGUCCUCCAGGACCACCGGGUGCAAGGGGUCCCCCUGGAGAUACAGGAAAAGAUGGCCCCAGGGGACCACAAGGCCUCCCUGGCUUAAAAGGAGAGCCGGGGGAAGCUGGAGUGAUGGGUGUAAGGGGACCUUCAGGACUAAAGGGUGAGCCUGGUUUUCCAGGGAGAAAGGGUGAUGAUGGGACCCCAGGACAGCCAGGGCUUCAAGGGCCUAAGGGAGAGCAAGGAAGCCCAGGUCCCAAAGGAGAGAAAGGAUUAGAUGGAUUGCCAGGAUCAAAGGGUGAUCCUGGUGAGAGAGGAGGAGAUGGACCCAUUGGACCAAGGGGUCCACCUGGCCUGAAGGGCGAACAGGGAGAUACUGUAAUAAUUGACUAUGAUGGCAGAAUCCUGGAUGCACUCAAGGGCCCACCAGGUCCCCAAGGGCCACCAGGCCCUCAAGGAGCUCCAGGACCAAAGGGGGAGCUUGGAUUGCCUGGUACACCUGGAGUUGAUGGAGAAAAGGGAUCUAAAGGAGACCCAGGAAAUCCUGGGAUAAUGGGACAAAAAGGAGAGAUCGGAGAGAUGGGCUUGUCUGGCCUACCGGGAAUCGAUGGGCCAAAAGGAGAGAAAGGAGAAACCGGAUCCCCGUGUUUGCAGAACAAUCAUAUAAUACCAGAACCAGGACCCCCUGGAUUGCCAGGCCCUAUGGGUCCUCAAGGAAUCCCAGGUCCCAAGGGCUUGGAUGGUGUAAAGGGAGAAAAAGGUGACCAUGGUGAGAAAGGGACAACUGGUGACACUGGGCCACCUGGUCCUGCUGGUCCCCCGGGACUUAUUGGCUUACCAGGCACCAAAGGGGAGAAGGGCAAGCCAGGGGAACCAGGAUUAGAUGGUUUCCCAGGUCUCCGAGGUGAGAAAGGAGAUAAAAGUGAAAGGGGAGAGAAGGGAGAAAGAGGAAUACCUGGCAGAAAAGGCGCCAAGGGGCAAAAAGGAGAACCAGGACCGCCUGGGUUGGAUCAGCCUUGUCCAGUGGGACCAGAUGGACUGCCAGUACCGGGAUGUUGGCACAAGGGUGAAAAAACAUGGCUGAAAGCAAAAAAGAAAAGAAGAAUGCAGCCCUAGAAAUGAAAGAAACUAAUUUGUCAUCUGGCUGAGUGAAAGGACUUUCAGCUGGCACAGAAAACAAAGCCAACCCCAUUCGCUGCUACAUGCUCCCACCCUGAUGGAAAUAGUAAAGUUUUGGCUCAAUAUGAUGAACUCGGCCAUCUGUGCACGCUUCAACUAUUAAUGACAAAACUUGUAUCUCGGGAAGAAACGUACUUUUAACCUUCUGGAGUGUGUGGCUGAAGAGUUGCAAGAGUCUUGCUGGGGAUUCCGUCUUUGUUACUGCAGAAUCCAGAGAACCUCAUCUGCCAAACACACUUUUAAAAAAAAUUGCUAUCUUAGGCUUGGCGCAUAGUGAGAACUCUGCUAAUCUUUUCUAAAGCAAGAGAGCACUUACACUGGGGGGAUCCCAAAACUUGGAAGAGGGCAUAGUAUGAAAUAUGGUAUUCAAUUCCCUUGGUUGGUGGGGCUUGUUUUGUGAACAUUAUACAAUUUGAUCUGCAGACUCAGACUUUUCCUCCACCUCCUUCUCCCUGUCUCUCUUUUUCUUUGCUGUAAGUGAGUUUGAACUCCGGCUCAGUCUAGACCACUUACCCACUCAAAAAUACUGGGUGACCUGAGAUUACAGUGACACAGAAAUCUCAUUCUGCAAAUUAGCUUGACCAGUUCCAUUCCAUUCUUGAAGAAAUGAACAUCCAGAAAGCCUAAUGGCUUCUCUUUGUGGGAUGGGGAGAGGGCUUAACAGUAGACGCCAAUGACAUUGAAAAGUGGACAGACAAAACUUGGAUGUACCGGUAAACAGGUCAUCAGAGCCUAUUUCCUAUAUCAGGUAAAGCCUAAUUAACCAAAAGCUCAAGUCCCAGGCAUUUAGGACAUGCUGAUUUUGUAGGUGAUGUACUAGUAGGUGAGGGAACAGGAGCAGUAAGGUAGCCAGGCAGAUUGGAGAAACCUAGAGUGAUUGCAUAGCCAUCAAGUACACUGGUCUUGGACAGGAGCUGCAACUGCAUGCCUAGCCAUAUAGAGUGGAGUAGCAGCGUGCCACCCACGGGGGAAGGGAUGGCGUUCCCAUCUUGGAAGGAGCUCUAGAACUGGCUGAGGAGAGUUGGCUCUAAAAGGAAAAAGUUGCAUGGCAAAGCAUUGCAAUCCUUUGACCUCUGUGCUCCUCCCAAUGCACUUCUUUAGUAGCAUAAUGUAACUAAAGAACAAUGAGAGAGGAAACAUCAAAAUUUUGUGCCUGUCGUGCUUACUGUGUUGAUCCAAGCCUUGUGUUUAGAUCAUUAUUCCAUUGAGUCUACUGGGCACAUGCAGGCUUGUGAUGAAGUGAGGAUACUGGGAUAAAGGCAAGAAUUAUUGAGCUUUGCUUGUACAAGUUAACCUAGUGCAGAGUUAAUUCCAGCUCUAGUAAUAUGAACAAGGGUAUUGUGCUCAGUACUGUAUGCUGCUCUCCAUUAAUGUCUCCAGACAGAUAGUAGAAAUUUUCAGAAUGAUGCCUAUGAAUUAUCAUCCAUGCUUUGGUGCAUUAUUUCUACUAGAUUUAUUUAGGAAAGCCUCCUAGACAACAGAGAGCAUUUCCUGUACACUGAUUAAUGUUUGAAAUGGACAUAUAGCUCAUCAUGAUAGAAGAUGUGGACUACAUAAAAGAUUCACAGGAAUAUGCAGUUAACUUUAUUUCUUAUAUUUGUCAGCCACUCUGAUUUUGUAUUACUUGUCUUUUUUUGUUUAAAGACUAUAAAGGUGUAUAUUGUAUUUUUUACUUUUCUCUAUAAUUAUAUUGAUUAAAAAUCAGAUAAACUAAUAGGUCAAGAAAUAGGUCAUUUUAAUUAUUUCUAAUUCAUGAGGUUAGCUAUCACUUUAAAGGGAGAUUCUGAAAGGCACAAAGGGCAGUACACACUCAAUUCCCUAGUUCAUGUUAACAUAGUCCUGUUUUGACUAUGUUAACACGAACUUAGAUAUCUUUUAGAGCACGCCAACAGGAUCUACAUGGGGCAUUUAGAGUUCAGCAUACUGGAGUGCUUUACAAAUCACUACUCCUCCAGUGCAUUUUGCCAAGCCAAUGUAAACAAGCCCUAAAGCUAGAGUGGUUUAUUUCAUUCACUGUUGUUCAGGGCAGUCCUGGCCGUAUGCUGCACCCUGUCAUUUCAGUCAUGUUAAAUGCCCGAUUCUUGCUAACAGUUCCAGUACAGUUGCCCUGUCUGGCCUAGUCUAUGCAGAAUUUUAGGGAAAUCUUCCAUUGUUGGUCUAGCAUUUGUGUAGCACAGUCGAUGCAAGCAACAGUGUGAUUGCACCAAUCCUAUAGUAGUAGUGGGAGAUCUUCCUAUAAUUCCCAGUGGGAAGAUAUCCUCUGGCCUUGACUACUUUCCAAAUAUUUCACAUCAUUGCAAGCUUCAAUUCAGUGCCACAAGCAUAUAGACAUUGGGAGCCUGAGGUAGACUCACUGCCAGCAUUUUAAACAACCUGAUGAUUUAAGCCUGCCCUUGUGGGGGGAACUGUAGUUUGCAGUUGAUGCAAUUACAUACUUAGAGGUUAAUCAAGGAAUGUUUCUCCUAGUUAGGAAAGAGAUUGGGAGAAAACCCAAACUGAAAAUAUUUCUUUCCAAGCCUUGAUAGUUAUUUUUGGUAGUUAGAUUAAGAAAUCAAGAUGUUGCCACAUACUUUUUCUUUCACAGAUUGCUAACAUUUUCUGUAUAUAUAAUGAUGAUGAACUUAUUUCUCCUGUAUAUUUAAAAUCUCUAUCUAUGAAUGUUUUCUCCUAAUGCUAAAGCUGAAAUAUUUCUUAUGUGUUUUCUAGAAAACCAAAGGAUAAAAUGUUUCUUAGUCAGCUUUUCAGUUUUAUAGUUUCAUAUGUUUGGUGUCUGAUGGUCUUUAACUAAACAAAUCAUUGAUAUGUGCUUUUUGAACUGGUCAUUCUUGUUAAUGCUAAAACUGAAAAGGAUGGAAUCUACCCAUGUCAAAAAUAUCUAUUAAGCAUAUUCCAUAUUUUUUAUGCCUGUCAGAUAUAUUACCAUGGUUAUCUACUAUAAAAAGGUUGUAUGUUUGUUAUGGCCAAGACUUCCAUGACAGAAACCCUGUUCUUAGGGUUGCUUUUUUUUUUUGUUCGUUUGUUUUCUUGUUUAUGUUUUUGUUUUAUUUAGUCACAGGAUCAAAUUCCUAGAUAGUGUAAAACUGGCAUCAGUCCACAAUGGAGCAAGGAUCCUUCAUGAUUUUUUACAAAUUUUGGCCCCAAUCCUGCAGUCAGACCUGUGCAGGCAGACUCUUCCACCCACAAGGAUCCAACUGCAGGAUCAGGACUUUGGUGUUCUCUACAUACCAUGUAGUGGAGUUUGAGUUUUCAACUAUUAGCUAAACACUACUAAAUUGUGUUAUGCAAUUCACAAUAAAAUAAAUAGUAUUUAUUUAAAUAUUCUCAUCACUUCCUAUGGCAAACAACUUAAAGUAUUGUUACGCUAUGACACUUCCAGAUUUAUUGCCAUGACAAACAGCCAGCCUCUGCUAUAAAUAACCUUUCCUAAUGUAUAAUUAUGCAUCCUUUUGGCAUGAAAAUUCAAUAAACAAAACUAGAGGUAUAAAGUAGUACCCAUCUUUUGGUAGAUUGCAUGGCAACUGAAUGGUUGUUUAAUGCUGCCCCCUAGAGGAUAUGUUUUCUAGAGAAAUAAGUAGCUUUAUGUCAGGGAAAGGGGAAUCUGAUUUUUCUCAUGUUAAUUUGGGGGGAACGUAUGGAUAACUCUCUCGCUUAUGUAUUUUUAUGGUUGAAAUAUCUCUGUAAAACAACAGAAUAUUUAUUUAAAUACAGUUUCAUAUUUUCAAUUUUUUUUUUUAGUUUGUACAUUUUCUGACAUGUCACCAUAAUGGGAAACACCAUAAGCUUCUCAUUUGUUCUUAUUUAAUUGUUGUCCUAGUAAUUAAUUCACUGUGCUUCUUAGAUAGACAAAAAAAAAUUGCCUGAGAUUACCCGCCAACCUUCUUUGAGAGGAGAGAACACUCUUAAAUAUUUUUCCAUAUUGUCAACAGAUUUAUCUGAACAAUGAGCCAAAUGUACAAAUAAAGAGAAUUAAAAAUCUGACUAUAAAAUGUAAACAAUAAAAGCUGCUCUUAAAAAAAUGAUCCUUAGACAAGUACUAUAUAUUCUUGGCCCAAUUCUGCUCAACAGAAUUUACGCUAGUGUAGCUAAGAGUAGAAUUUGGCCAGCUUUUUUUUUAAUGGUACUUGUUUCAAUUAGGAUGCACUGUAUCCUCAGGAUUGCUUUCCCUCAUUUUAUGCAUGUGAUUGUUUUUACUUCAUAAGCAUUUUUUACCGGACAAUGAUAAAAACAGAUUUAUAGGUAAAUAUUUGCUGGUGCACUUAAUAAAUAGAACUGGGCUUCUUAUCUGUUAGCAAGAAUCUUUUUAAAAUUAUUUAAUGAAAUACUUUCACUGAUUUCAAGCUGCCCAAGUCACUUUAAUUUGCACAACUGGCACAGAUGUGGCAUAUUACCUUGGGUGUUACUGACCUUGGCAGCCCUACAAGACAACCUUUAUGCAGAGCUGAACUGUUUCACUGCUAAGAAUAACUAUUCUAGGAACGCAGAAAAUUAGGAAGGAAGAACAACUGAUCACUUUAGUCCAUCCUCACUCCAUUUUGUUAGGGGAUCAACCAGUCUUUGGCAGCUGUACCCAAGAUUGUUGUAAAUCCCAUAUAUGAAUUUAAUCCAGUUUUAAAUACUUUGGUGACUAGUAGUUUCAUCUACUUCCUUUUGUAGUCUACUGAACAUCGAAGUAAAUCACUGAGUACAGUUACUCUUCUUAAUUUGCACUCAGUCUCUCUUGCUUAUAGUUGGUUCAUGAUUUAAUACAUAGUUUUGUGUGAUUCUUGCACGAAUUUGUAUUCCAUGUAAUCAUCAUGAGCAAAAAUGUUCUAGUAUUAUUUUGUGGAAUAUGAGCCCACAGUAAGUGGUCAAAAUAAUUUUAAACUGACCUGGUCAAGGCACAUGAGAAUAUACGGCAGAGACUAUAUAGUAUUCUAGAGAAUUUAGGGGGAGCCAGAAAAAGAUAUUGAGGCAUCAGCUUUCAAUGCAUUAGAAAUGCGAAGGCUAGGACUAUAUAACAUGGUUUAAAAGAGAACUAGAUAAAUUCAUGGAGGUUGUCUAUUAAUGGCUAUUAGCCAGGAUGGGUAAGGAAUGGUGUCCCUAGCCUCUGUCUGUCAGAGGGUGGAGAUGGCUGGCAGGAGAGAGAUCAUUUGAUUACCUAUUAGGUUCACUCCCUCUGGGGCACCUGGCAGACAGCAUAAUGGGCUGGAUGGACCUUUGGUCUGACCCAGUAAGGCCAUUCUUAUGUUAGAACUGGCAGUUAUCAAAACCACUGACUGUAGGGAACAGUAUAUCGGCAGUUUACAGUUCUCCUUUCAUCUGCUGUAAAACCAAUGAAUUCCUGUGUACACCUCUAUCCUGAUAUAACGCUGUCCUCGGGAGCCAAAAAAUCUUACUGUGUUAUAGAUGAAACCGCGUUAUAUCAAACUUGCUUUCAUCCGCCGGAGCGUGCAUCCCCGGCCCCCCGGAGCGCUGCUUUACCGUGUUAUAUCGGGGUAGAGGUGUACUACAGGCUGGUUGGUAGAGGCUGCCUCAUUGUUGCUGAGCUUCAUGUAAUGUGAACAGUCAGCUAACUAUUUUUGUGAGGCUCCAUUAUACAACAGAGACUUAUUAAAAAGAGUGAAGUAAAAAUGGAGGAAUCUCAUGCAUAUAUUUAAAAUACAUAAUCUGUAACUCACUAAGACCUGCCCUGCUGCUUUUUCGAUGAUAAACACUGAUUUGUACACAUCUUCAAAAAGUGAUAUGUACAGAACCUAGGUUUUGCAAUUUAUUUUAUUUGUGUGUGUAAAAUUGAGUUUGUAUUUUCAGAUUUGUUUUCUUUAGUUAAACAUAAAUAUAGUUAGAACCUGAUUUUGCAAAGUGCUUAGCACCCAAUUACUCACUGAGUUUCAGCAUUAGGCCCAUUGGCUAAAAUGAAAGCUGGAUCAGUCUCUUACGGGGUGCAUUCUGGUUGGUAACUUCAAUGUGGUGGAGUGCAAUAUUGUAGAAAUUCUCAGAAUACAAUAAUUUUUAUCUUGCACUGUUUGUUUUUUCUCCAUUUACCUUUGAUGUUUUACUUUCUGCAUUUCACAGGAAAAAAAGAUAUAUUCAGUAUGAUAAAACAUACAGCUGGAAAUGCCACUGAGCAGGAAGUUAAGGCUACAAUCACAGUUACAAUCCAAAUAAUCAAAGUGCAAACAAAACCACCUGCUAUCUGUUGCCCCAUACAGUUUUAUUUUGGGUGGAUAUACAAGUCUUUUUAAACUGCACUCAUUUUAUAAUCUAGGUGCAAUUAUCUGCAGUUGAAGAAGCUACAACUGUUAGUAUUUUGUACUAAAUGAAAAUCUGACCUAUUUAUACAGUAUUUAGAAGAAUAUAAAUAAGUGUAUUAGCUCACCUGGUUUCAGUAUGUCAGUAGGGCCUGAUCCUAUAAACUGCUAUGCAUGCAUUCCUUAUUCAUGUGGGUAAUCACAUUCACUUCAGCUGCAUCUGUUCAUCUACCCACAUGAGUAAGUGUUUGCAUAUUGGGCUUCUUGUGAAUAACAGUUCUGUUUGAAUGUAUUUACAUAGUAUCUUCUACAAAGCUUUCCUAAGUUUCAGUAAAAUGUAUUGCUUUUCUAAAACAAAAAUAGAUACCUUUAUACAAAAGAGUUAUUUAGCAAGUUUUAUUUUUAAACCCUUUUAUACACUGUUAUAAUGUACAUGCCAAGAGAAGUGUUAUAUUUAGUCAUAAUGUUGGGGAACAACUGUUCGUUUGUUUUUUAAAAAAGGCAUUAAUAGUGUUUCUUAUCCAUUGUUUAUUAUGUUAAAAUGGUAUUAACUAGUACUGCAUCAUUUUAUUUCUAUUUUAUAACUGUAAUGAACGGUGCAUUAUUUUGAAACCCUCAAAACCAUUGCUUCAUUGUGUUUUAAUCUGUAAUAAAUUAAUAUUUGGAUUUAAAAAAAAAUAAAACUGCCUCCCUUUACAAGUUGUUUUUAUGAUGGUGUCAAUAUGUAUAUUAAACUGCAGCAUCUGUAACUAAGAAUAAACUUUCCAAAUUCUAAAUGUUUGUUUUUAAAUAACUACUAAAUGUUUUUAAUGAGGCAAGAAUUCA